AAAAAAUCACACUAAGAUGACUGGAAUUUGAAGCCGUCAAGCAAGUUGUCUGUACAAAUAGUAAAUUAUUAUUUAUUUACCUAAAUGGAAAGCAUUUAGCCGAAAAUUUUAAAUAUAAUGUAUUGUACAUUCUUUUGUGAUAAAGCAUGGUGUGUAUGUUCGUGGAGAUAUUUUCGGUGAGCAAAACGACACGUAAUUUGCCGGGAGAUCAUCGCGAUAAAUUACAGUCUGCACAGAGACCAUAGUCUGCGGGCACUGCACACUGGGAAGACGUGGAUGUGGAGAGGCCUGCAGCGAUAAAGGUGUGCUACUAACGUUAGCUAUUCAUUACACAGUAAGAAACCAUGGCUGAAGACCCGCAGAGAAACUUUCGCUCAGCUUAUUACGAGAAAGUAGGGUUCCGGGGAGUGGAAGAGAAGAAAUCUCUGGAAAUCCUUCUGAAAGAUAACCCCCUCGAUGUUGAGAAACUCUGCACGUUCAGCCAGCGCUUCCCCCUCCCCUCGAUGUACCGUAUUCACGUAUGGAAGGUGCUCCUCGGCAUCCUGCCCCCCCACAGCGAGUCCCACGCCCUGGUGGCGGGGUACCGGAGGGAGCAGUACGCGGACGUGCUGGAGGCGCUGCAGGUGAUGCGUUUCCUGCACGCGGCCACGCCCCAGGUGGAGGUGUACCUGCGCGUGUUUCAGCUGGAGGCGCAGGAGCUCCCGCGCAGCUCCGAGCUCAGCCCGCCGGAGGAACAGGACGAGGACUUCCUGGCCAUAGCCAAAGCCAUGGAGGAGAUAGUGGACGACCCCGUGGACUGCUAUUGGCUGAUCAAGUGCUUCGUCAAUCAGUUCAACAGCAAGUUCGGAGACUCCAUACCACACCUGCCCAAGAGUCUGGAGCACUACCUGAGCCUGGAGGACGGCCGGCUGCUGGCCCACCUGCGGUCCUGCGGCGCCCUGAGGAGGCUCCCGUACGGCCUGUGGUUCCGCCGCUGCUUCGCCGGCUGCUUCCCGGAGUCCAGCCUGCAGAGGGUUUGGGACAAGGUGAUCAGCGGCUCCUGUAAGAUCCUGGUGUUUGUUGCCGUGGAGGUCCUGCUGAGCUACAAGAUCAUGCUGAUGGGCAUGAGCAAGCCCGACGCCAUCGUCCACUUCCUGAGCAGCAUGCCGCAGGAGAACACGGAUGCCAUAGUGACCAAAGCCAUUGACCUGUGGCACAAGUACUGCGGGACUCCAAUGCAUUCUGUGUAACCAUAGCAACCCCCUGCACCCGGCCCGUCUCACUGGAGUUCCUCCUGCCUGGGUUACAAGACAGGGGCUGUGACAAGAUUUUGUCACAUCGGUUACACCUUUGGGUCAUGACCUCAGGGUCGAACUGUUCUGUGUGUGUGUGUGUGUGUGUGUGUCUGUGUGUCUGGAGAGAGGCAGUCCUAUUGCUGCUGGGAUGGACAGGGUGUUAAAUUUGUUGUACAUAGUGUAUGCAGAUUAUUAUUUAUUGUCUGAAGAAACAUGGGUACACUCUUGCAUUCAUUGUGACAUCACAGAGCCCGGAUGUUUGCCGCACAUUCAGCCUCGAGUGCCUCACUCCUGGGCAUCAUGAGAAUUCAUUAUGACAUCACAGAGCCCGGAUGUGUGCUACAGAGUCGCUCCUGGGCAGCACGAGCAUUCAUUGUGACAUCACAGAGCCCGGCUGUUCGCUGCGCGCUCCAGGCUAAGAGCCUCCCUCCCGGGCUUGAUGAGCAGCUGCUGGACCACAGGCCCCUGCUGCUCCACACGGCGCUGCUGUGCGGGGCAUCGCCUGCGGGGUAAAUCUGCGGGUUACGCAACGCGGCGUACCUCUACGCCCUCCUCCCGUGGCCGAGCGAGUGUGACGGGAGCGGGGCGGCCGGGUUCGACGCGCGAGGCCGACCCCGGCCUGACCCCGCUGGGACAGGCCGCCUCUCCAUCUGCGUCACGCGCAGCUCUUUUACCGACUCUGGCCUUUCGGCUCGAGCAGCGCUGAACACGCCCAGGGCGGCGUCGUGCUAGCACCCCACCCCACCCCACCACCACCCCCCGACCAAGUGCCCUGAAGGCUGGAGAGAGAGUCUGCAAGGAAGCGAUGAAUAAUAUAAAUAUUAAAUAUUUAAGCUGCUGAU